CACAAACGGACGGCGCUAUUUUGGCACCACCAGAAAAAUCCUCCCCGCGCUGCUUUUCCCUCGAAGGAAAAAGCCCCCCCCCCGAAGCAGCCCCCCUGGGUGCUCCUCCCUCCCUCGGCUCAGCAGGGAGUCCCGGGGGCCGAGCUGCGUCACUGCCGCCGUCACAGUAGCCCAAAGUCCGCUGGCAGGUCCCGGGCCAGCCAGGCCGCCUUGGCCCGCCGCUCUCUGCGCUCCCGAGUCGCCCCGGCGGAGAGGCGGGCAGGAGGCGGAGCGGCGCGGCGCGGCGCCUCCCCGUUGGCCGCGGCUGCCCCGGAGAGGAGACGAGGCGCGCGGCGGCGGCGGCGGCUGGGACUCCGGGGACGGCGCCCCGCGCGGCUCGCUGGCUCCAUGGAGUCUCCGCCGGAGCGGAGGGCGCCUGGGCCGGCGGCCGCCGAGCCCGUGUACCGGGUGGCGGGGGCGCUGGGCUCGGAGCUGCAGCGGCUCUCGGGCCUCUUCGGGCCGGGCGCCGUGGCCGGGCUGGUGCCGCAGGUGGUGCGUCUGCUGGAGCUCCUCGAAGCGCUGGCUUGCCGCGGGCCGGAGCGGGACGAGGGGCCGGGCCGGGCCCGGCAGCUGCAGGAGGCCGGCGAGCCCUCGCCGGGCCCGACGCGGGACUUGGCACAGGUGGGCGGCGAGGCCGAGCUCGGCGGUAGGAGGGUGGCUCUCUGCACGCGCUCAGAGGCCCGGCGGGCGCGCUCGAGGGUUGAAUCCUGGCACUGUCCGAGUGGAAACGGGAGGGAGGGAAAGAGCGCAGCUGGGCGCCGAAGCGCACCUUGGGGAGGUCGGGGGGCGCCGGCUGGGAAUAGCAGACCUUCCCUAGACCUACUGCGCUGGAUGCACCAGCGGGCAGACUCCGUCUAAAAAGGCGCCUUUGGGUGUUCCUUGGGGGCCCCUGCUCCCUUCCCAGGUCGGUUCAGCAGCUGUGUGCAGGACUUUCCACGUGGGCCUCUCUGUGUGCCCCCAGUUUUAGAUCCUCAGGAGGCCAAGGCUGGUUUUGUGCCCCUGGGAAGAAGGUGGGGGGGCGAUUGCUAGGUCCCAGCUGCCUCCUUGUCCUCUGCCUGAAGUGGCUCUGCCUGAGUCCAGUUGCCAAGAGGUUUCCUAAUAGGACAACCUUUGCCAACCUGCCGGCUGGCAGUGCCUGAUGGGAGGUGCAGUUCACAAUGUCUAGAGGGCUGCCCUCAAACAGCCCCCAGGAUGAGCUGCCCACAGAGCGCUUUGCCUCCAUCUCUCCGCACGCGCCCCUGAGCCUUCCCUGGUCCAGCUUCCUCUCCCUCCUCUUCCUCAGGCUCUGGAGCUGCGGCUGGCUGAGGCCCAGGAGAGAGCGUGUCUCCUGCAGAGCCGUCUGGCCCAAGCUGAAGCAGAGAACCAGCGCCUCUUGGCCCAGCUGGCAGGCACCCAGUCCCAGGAAGGUGAGAUGCAAGGGCGGCGGGAUUGGGGGGACGGACUGCACCAGCCACGCUCAGGUGCCUUAGGAGGCGCUUGGACUGACAUGUGGGGUUGUUGUGCCUGGCCUGGGGGAAUCUCCCAGGGUGGGGCAGAAACUCGGCGGCCUCGUGACUGGUGUAAAUGCAACCCACGUGGCUGUGGGAGACAGAGCUGCCAGCUGGUUAAUGACUUGCUGCAUGCUGCCUGCCCGGGACCGCCCAAGACCUUGUCCUCUUUAAGGGCUUCCUCGUGUGCACCUUGUUUCUCUUUUGCUUUCUCCUCCUUUGGCUUGCCAGGGCGUGGAGGAAACCAGAGCGAGGAGACAGGCUGGAGGGGCCCCCCAGAGCAAGAGCAAGCAACUAUAGUGCAAAUAACGGGGCAGGUCGCAUUCACAGGUUGCAGACAAUGGAGAGAUCUGGUUUUUCCUCUCCUGCACUGCAGGAGGUUGGACUAGAUGACCCCUGGGGUGCUUUCCACCUUUAUGAUUCUGUGAUUCUAGGAAUGCCACACUUUUCUGUGACAAAGGGAGGCAUAUCUUCAGCAUUCAGUUGCAUUUCUUACAUGACGAUUUCCUCCCUCCCUCCAUUAAUCUGGCCUGCUUUACUUAAUGUGUGAAAUGCAGUUGUCUGAAUGUUGUGGGCAGUCUGGCUGGCAUCUGUCUGUCUUGAGACACAAUGGAGGUUUGAGACCCACUGGCUGCCCUAACCUGCUUUAGCCGGGCAGUUGUGGGCAGUAGUGUAGUGGUAAAUUCAGAAGUGCAGGGUCCUGUCAUUAUAAUCAUAGCCAUGCCCGGUUCUAUGAUUAUACAACAUUCUAAGAUAAUGCAAUAAUCUUAUAAUUUGCAACCCUGGACCUCUACAUCUCUGGGUGUGGGUGGCUAUUGGCUAGUGCCUGUUGCUAAGGAGGAACAGGACUUCUGACUCUUGUACCUCACCACUCUUCUGAGUUUUUAAACUGUUGCUUUGGGUUUAGAACAAGGGAGGGGACUUUUAGGCCCAAGUGCCGAAUGCAGCUGUCCAGGCCUUUGCCUCUGGCCCUCAGGCCAUGGGCCUCACCUGGCCUCAUCCCCACUGUCCUCGGAGGAAUGUCUCCUUGAGCUGUGGCAUCUCUCUUGCUUGACUGGUUGGAGAGGAUGUGUUGAUGUCUUUGCCCUCUGUGUGGCUGGAAUGCAGCCCUGUGGGAGUUGCAUCUGUGUUGCUCCGCCCACUUUUGCUCCUGGCUCCGCCUACCACUGGCCUGUGGACCCUGGAAGGUUGUCUGUGAAGGAAUGUGGCCCCCAGGCUGAAAAAGCUUCCUUUAGACUCAGAGGCUGGGCGCUCUCUCCCCUCCGGGUAAAUGAGCCUGGAAGUCCCUGCAGGGAACUUGAAGCCAAGGCCCAGAUGAGUGGGUGGGUGCAGAGGAGAGGAACAGAGAUGCCCCUCUUCACACAGUGGCGCUUCUGUCUUCUCCUUUGCAGCCUGCACUUUCUCCCUCCCUCCCUCCCUCUCUCCUUGCCUUGUUUUUGAAAAAGAGAAAACCCUUGACAUUCAGCUGGUCCAUGGAAAGGCGUUGGCUUGGCUGCUGCUGGACUGGGUGCUUUGAGCAGCAACUUGGGCUGUGUGACCGCACAGCAGGGAGGCUUGUGCGCUUGUUCAACCGUUUACCAUCCACGGUCACCCCCAGUCCCCCAAGCAGUGCGGAGUUCAACAGGAGCAGCGUUUCCCCAGACCCAGCUUCCUCUGGAAGGAGGUCAACGGAGGCUUAGGGUGUUUUGUAACAGCUGGAUGGAUCUACAAACAGGGCAGGUUUUGUAGUGACGGAGGCACAGUCUCCACACUCCGGCCUGCGGCCAAAUCCACUGCCCUGCAUUGCAUCUCUGGGGAGAGGCAGGCACACUCCACCCCACAAUGUUCUUAUCAAGCAUCUCAUUCCAGUUUUGUCCCUGCCCCCCCCCUCGAGACUGAGGAGAAGGGAGAUUCAGGGAACAUUCAGGACAGGAUGAAAGGACAGUGCAGUUACACUGUGGAACUCCUUCCUGCAGGAGGCAGUGAGGACCAACCACCAACCUGAAUGGUUUGAAAGAGGAUUAGAAAAAUCCAUGGAGGAGGAGGAGGAGGAGGAGGAGGAGGAGGAAAGGGCUAUUGACAGCUACUAACCACUCUGGCUCUACUCUGCCUCUGCAGUCAGAGAGAGUUUCUGGAAGCCACAGAAAAGGGCUCUUGUGCUCCAAUCCUGAUUGCGGGUUCCCCAUUGGAAGCACCUGGUCAGCCACUGUGAGCACAGGAAGCUGCACUUCUGUGGCCCCCUUUGGCCUGAUCCAGGAGGAUUUUCUGAUGUCCUCAUCAAGCCCAAAGAGAGGCCGAGCCAAGUCCUUCCAAUUUUGUCCCCAUCCUCUUUGUUGAGUCCUUCCGGACACUGAGACUGAGGAUGGAGGGGAGGAAGCCAACAGGCAAGACCAUGCCCUGGGCUGGUUGUUCAGUAGCUGGGUGGGGGAUGGAUGGACGGGCCAGCUGAGGUGGAUGGAGCUGCCUCCCUUGAUGGCCUGACUGCUUCCUAGGAUGAGGCAGGGACACCUGAAAGCCUCUCUUCCCUCAUAUGAACCUACCUGGGUUCUGAGAUCUUUGGGGGAGGCCCUUGUCUCAGUCCCACCACCUUCACAGGGGGGCUUGGUGGGGAUGGGGGAGGGGACCUUCUUGGUGGCGGCUGCUCUUGGAGAUCUACGCAAGUUAUCUGAGCGCAGGGAGAACUUGCACCGGCCAAAAUUCUCCCAGAUAUUAAUUUUACAAAAGGCCUGAUUGCAUUUCUUUUAUGUGAUUUUAGCUUUUUGGAUUUUAUCUGUGUAGUGGUUUCCAUUUGUGGAAGCCAACUUGAGUCUGGGGAAGAGGUGGGAUACACAUGAAUAAUAAUAAUAAUAAUAAUAAUAAUAAUAAUAAUAAUAAUACCAUGGGCAAAUGCCAGGUCAGGAAGAGUGUCUGGGGCUAUGAAGGCAACCAAGGACCCUGUCAGAGCUGGGGGUGGUGGGUGCUGUGACUGUCCGCCCAGGGGCGCCACUCAGCUCUCUCGUCCUUGUCCAGAGAGCACCCAGCGCAGAGAGAAGGAGGUGAUGCUGCGCCUCAAGGAGGUGGUGGACAAGCAGCGGGAUGAGAUCCGUGCCCAGGCCCACGAGAUCCUCUGCAAGGCCCGGGACACCGAGGCGGUAAGGGGACGUGAGGGUGGGCAGGCACAGGGGCUGGCCUGGAGGGGACCGGCAGGCGCUCGGCGCCAUUCCUGCGGCACGUGAGAGCAGCGCUGUGUCCUGCAUGCGAGGGCCCCUUUCCCCCUCCCCAGUGUGGGGCUGGCACUAUGGGCCAUAGCACCCUAGAGUUGGAAGGUACCCUGGGGUCAUCCAGCCCAACCCCCGGCAACACAGUGCCUGUGUCCUCAGCUGCAGGAGCAGCUGAACCGCUUCAUGACGGUCAACGAGGAGAUUCGCCGCAAGCUGGCCAUCGUCCAGGCCCAGCUGCAGAGCGCCCUCCAGAGGAAGGAGGAGCUGGAGAGCGCCCUGCUGGAGGCCCGCCAAGAAGUGGAGAGGCUGAGCAAGGCUGCGGGGGCAGCACAAGAGGCCUUGAGGACUAGCGCCACGGUGAGAGGGUGUAACCCAGAACUACGUAUCGACUUGUGAAAAUACUGGCACACCUCAGUUUACAGUAAUAGCCUUGCAUUGUGCCAGUCUGUGGCAACCUGGUGCUCUCCAUCAGCCCAGAUGUCCAAAAUAUCUGGGUGGCACUAAGCUGGUGAUGGCUGCCCUGUGUGGACCCCCCUUGAUGGGCUCCAGAGAGGGUGGUCUGCGGGAGGCCGGGCUAGUGGGAUGGGGGUCCUGACCUCUCCCCACCUUCUCGCAGGACCAGGAGGUGGUGCCUGGCCAGGAGCUUCCUGGCAGCGGCCAGGGCAGGAGGUCCUACUCGAAGGAAGAGCUGCAGCAGAUCCUGCAGGAGCGCAACGAGCUCAAGACCAGCCUGUUCCUGGUGCAAGAGGAGUUGGCCUAUUACCAGCGGUCAGUUUAUUCCUGCCUUUGCAGGGGGUUGGACUGGAAGACCCCUUGGGUCCCUCCCAACUCUCCAUGUCUAUGAUCCUAUGUUGGGUGUAGGGAGGGGGAAGCCAGGUGCUCCUACUGGCCAGUUGCUCUUAGAGGAUCGAAUCCCUAAGCAGAGGGAUGUGCAGUUUUAUCCAAGAGUUGGGUUCCUGUAAGUUAAGAAGUAAGGGACGCAGGUGGCGCUGUGGGUUAAACCACAGAGCCUAGGACUUGCUGAAGGUCGGUGGUUCAAAUCUCCACGACAGGGUGAGCUCCCGUUGCUCAGUCCCUGCUCCUGCCAACCUAGCAGUUCAAAAGCAUGUCAAAGUGCAAGUAGAUAAAUAGGUACCGCUCUGGCGGGAAGGUAAACGGCGUUUCCAUGCGCUGCUCUGGUUCGCCAGAAGUGGCUUCGUCAUGCUGGCCACAUGACCCGGAAGCUGUACGCCGGCUCCCUCGGCCAAUAAAGCGAGAUGAGCACCGCAACCCCAGAGUCGGUCACGACUGGACCUAAUGGUCAGGGGUCCCUUUACCUUUACCUUAAAUUAAGAAGUGGGGAACCUGUGGCUGUCCAGGUCUUGUGCAACCACAACUUCCUCCCGAGUUAAGUGGCUUCAAAGAUGUAAGGAUGGCCACUGACUUGGGUGCCUUUAAAAGAGGAGCAGGAGAGGGCUAUCGAAGGCUUCUAAACACCAGGGCUCUGUUCUCCCUCCAGGGGCAGAGGCAGUAAAUGUCUCUGGGGUGCCAGUGGCUGGGAACCCAAAGUGGGGAGAGUGUUGUUGCCCUCGGGUCCUGCUGGCUGCUGGGCUCCCCAUGGGGGCAUCUGGCUGGCCACUGUGAGGAGAGGAGGCUGGGCUAGAUGGACUCUCUUUGGCCUGAUCCAGCUGCCGGGCUCUUCUUGACUCCCACCAACCCUGACUGCUGGCUGUGGGAGCUCAAGAUCAUCUGGAACAGCUGUUCUCAACCUGUGGGUCCUCAGAUGUUGUUGGACUACAACUCCCAUCAUCCCCAAGCUCUGGCAUUGCUAGCUAGGGAUGAUGGGAGUUGUAGUUCAACAACAUCUGGGGACCCACAGGUUGAGAGAGGCUGAUCUGAAAGGUCACAGGUGUUUGGAACGUUGUUAGAUGCAGUAAAAAUGACUCAAAGCAACUUACAAAUUCAACAGGAAUGUUAAAUCAAUAAUGUCAGUCAUUGCAGAUAGUAGCCAUGGAUGGCCUGAGACUCUGUGAACUUGUCCAAUCCCCUUUGAAAGUAAUCUAGGUUGGUGGCCAUCACUGCCUCCUGCAGAAGGGAGUUCCACAGUUUCACAAUGAGCCAUGCAAAGCAGUCCUUCCUUUUCCCUGUCCCGAAUCCUGUGCUCCCGAGCCCUGGAGAUCCCUGGGUGGGAGGGAGGCGCAGGCCCUUCUGCCUCCCUUUGGUGGGAAGAGUCCAUUUCCUUCCUUCCAAGGCUCUCCUGAGACUCUCCUGCCUCUCUUCACCCCCGCAGGGAGUUGCUGAAUGAUGAGCGGAUUCCCAGCCUCCUCCUGGAUGCCGUGAAAUCCACCAUCAAGAAGCAGCGCAGGAAGAUCCGGGCCAAGAUGCUGGGCACAGCAGAGGAGCCCCUGAGCAGGUGAGUCUCCCGCUGCCUCUGCCUGAGGAAUACCUGCAGGGCCAGUGUCUGUCUGGCCCACCUGGGACUCUGGCAGGAAGAGCCAGUGGCUGAGGGAGCUCCUGGCACUGGGUCGCUGUGGAUGCACUGGGACAGGCCUGCCUGGGACUGACUUUUGGGGACUGAGAAUGUCUUGCUGAGCAGGGCAGUCUAUCCUACACUUCCUCACAGAUGGCUCACCUGUGGUCCUCCGGUUUCUGUUGAACUCCAACUCCCAGCAGCUCAAUGGUCAGGGACGAUGGGAGUUGUAGUCCAGCGUCAAGUUUAUAUCCCACCCUCCCCAGUCAAGACCGGGCUCAGGGAGGCUAACACCAAAUAUAAAAACAAUUGAUUGAAAUACAGCUUAAAAAACAAGAUUAAAAUACAACUUUAAUACAUUAAAAUGCAGCCUCAUUUCAGUGGAAACUCAAUCAAAAACUUCUUUGGGGAUAAAAACGUCAAGUCUUCACCAAGGCUAACUAUCCAGACUGGUCCUACAUGGGCCAGAAAAAAGCCAGGGAAGUCCCCAAAUAGGAGUUCCAACACAGAAGGAGAAAGGAAAGAAUAAAGAUGGGAAGGGAAUCAAAUUGGUACACAUUAUUAUUGUCGUCAAUUAAAUUUAUAUCCCACCCUUCUUUAAAAAACAACCCCAUUGCCCUGGCUGAAAGCAGGAGGCGCCUGGGUCAUGCUGUGCACGCCUCUGGAGGUUCUUCUGCUGGUUUCACUGAAUUGCAGAGUUGGGAGGGGACCCAAGGGGUCAUCUAGCCCAACCCCCUGCAGUGCAGAAAUCGGUUCUGCUCGGGCGACAAAGCGCUUCUUCAACCUGCUUUGGCUGUGCAAACCUCCAGUUCCAGUUUGUGCUCGGACCCCACUGGCAAAAGACCUGACGGCCUGACCUUUCUCUUCCCAGCGACGAAGAGGAGGAGGGCGUGUGGCUGGCGUCCCCUACGGGCUCGGACUGCGUGGAUGGCCGCCUCCCUGAGUCCAAGAUCCGGAGCUUGUAAGUGGAGCCCCCUUGGCAGAGGGGUGGCUGCUUUGGCUGGAGUGAGAGGUAGGGGCACCCGUCUCCGGAAGAGCAGCCGGGCAGCAGGACAGCUUGCACACAGAGAGCAAACCGGCCCCAGCCAGUCCAAGCCUGCAGAGCCUUCAGGAGGAGGACCAGGAGGAGAGCCGCUGGGCGGCAGAUGGCGAUCUUAAAUUCAGAAUUAAACAGGUUUAAUUUGAAGGCAGCCUCCAGUUUAAUCAGCCUGAGUGGAGCAGGAUCACAGCGGCUGGAGAAGAGGCAGGAGCCUGCAAAGGAUGGCUUUGCAUUUACAAACCUGUCAAGCCUGGUGCCUUCCAGAUGUUUUGGACCCCAGCUGUGGGGCUAUGCUGCCUGGUAGAUGCAGCCCAAAACAUCUGGAGGGAAUCUGGUUAGGGAAAGCUGUUCUGAGUUCUCAGGGAUGGCUUAAUCAUGCUACAACCUUAGCAGUUUUAUACCUGCUUUUUUUAAAAAAAACAAAGAUUAUUUUUAUAUCCCACAUUUAUCCUCCUAUAUAUGCUCCCGGGAGCACAGUGAGGAAUGCAUGGUUGUCCGCUCCCCUUUGAUUCCCACAGUAACCCUGGAGGGUGAGGCUCUCAGUGGCUGCUGGUCGUAAUGGGCAGCACAAGCAGUCAAUGCCUCUGAAUACUGGGAAUUGCAAGCGGGGAGAGUAGCUGUUGCCUUCAGGUCCUGCUUGCAAGCAGAGGAGGCCGGACUAGAUGGGCACCCUCUGGCCUCACCCGGCUGCUGUGGGGCUCCUGGGAUGGUUCUUAGGGGGUGAGAGGCGUCCUCUUUCCCAUAUGACCUCAGUUGGGGGAAUGGGCUGGACACCCGGCAUUUCUGCCUCCAAACUCUCACCCAACCAAUCAGUCUACUAUUUAUAUCAUGUUUCUUUUUCUGCAUGAGAACUUGGAGUGGUUUCACAGCAUCAAAACAGAAAUUAACAUGUACAACAAAGCACACAAAAAAGAAACACAAAAAACACAAAAUCUCAGCCAGCAAUCACAAACUCUAAUAAUCCUGUAAAUGGUAGCAGUGAAAUCAAUCGAAGAUGCAAAAACUCCACUCAAAAGCGAAUGUUCUGGUUCUUCUGUGGGGCAUUUCUUGACCUCUGCCAAACUCCACUUCUCUUUCUCUUUCUCAUUCUUCUCUCUCUCUGCCUGCAGUUUUGGCCUCUGGUACCGUGGGAGGAGCAAAAGCAACUCGCCAGAAGACUGCCCUGGAGCCUGGGAGAUAGUUGACCCUCAAGAUGUGGGUCCUGAAGAGGAGGAGGAGCAGGGAGGGAGGGAGGCCUCCUGCAGCUUCAGCCCCCCAAGUGGACCCUCGCCCUUCCCUUGAGCCAGACGCUGCUGGCUGAACCCACAACAGCGCCCUGUCCGGGCUGACCCCACAAAGACGGCAGGCUCACAGAGGUCGCUGCCUGGCCUGCGGGAACAGCUCCAGCCUUGGAGAGGGAGGGAGGCAGCCUUGCAGAAGGCUCCUCUUGUGGGACUCUGCAGAGUCCUGCUUGAACCCAGGCCUGCAGCACAGCCGCUCGGAGGUGUCUCUGGCAGUCGUCUGCUGGUGCGGAGGGGAGAGGCGCAGAGGUUUUUAUUCCUGCAUAGGGCGCUCUGCUUGGCAGGGGAAGCAAGCUCCCCGUUUUGAGAUAUGUGUGCACUGAUAUAGCUGACUUGCAGAGCUGGGGGGACGUGAACCUGCUUUUCCCGUCAGCUUUGCUGGGGGGCUGAUUUCACCUGGGCUCCUUCAAGGACUUUUCAGUGUGUCUUCCCCGUGCCCCCCCCCCAACGCCAUUGAUGUAUGAACGGCAGGCGGAAGCGCUGCUUUGAACACGCUUGAACCUGGAAUCUCAGGUAGGAAAGUGCCCUUAGAACCAUGCCUCAAAAUCUCCCUGACUCCGUGAAGCACAGUUUGAAACCUAAAGCACUUUCCUCCGUAUAAUUUGCACACGUUUGGGGAAUGUGAUUUGUUUUUGUGAGAGAUGUGUUUAUAUUGCGCAAGAAGAUCCCCAAGGUAGUUAACAAACAUUGCAAUUAAAAUGUCAGCCUUUGAAAGCGAAUAAAGCAGGAGCCAGUAAAAGGUGGAGACGUGCAGGGGAGGGAGUGGGGCCACAUCGUCCCGUUAAAGGUCAGGAGAAUCCCAUGGUGUUGUUCCAGCACUGAGAAACUAUUAAAUUUGUGCCAGCCCCAACCGGGGGGGGGGGAUUUAUUAUUGGCCAACUGGGGUGCCACCUGCACCCCCAGAAAAAAGGGCCUGCUCUCCAUUUGCCACCCAAAGCCUGCCCUCUGACCCAUAUCUGAAUGAAGGGGACGGAGGUACAAAGGGUGAUAACCUGAAGGUGGGCCGGAAGUCCAUGCACAUAUUAUUACAAGGGGUGACCUGGGUUCUCGAUUAGUCAAGAAACUGGUCUUUGCAUUAGGAAUGGGCCCUCCCUCAAGGUGCAAUGAUUGGCGGGGGGGGGGCCUCAGAGGUUUGGGGUGGUGGUGGCUGCCAGGGGUAGCGACCCCUGAGCUGUGGGGGCUCCCUCCUAGCAGAGGUGCGCUUGGCACCUUCACUGGACAGGGCUGCAGGUUCAUUUCUUCACCCCUGGAUUCUUUGGACAUUUUGGAGAUGUAUAUUUUUAGAACUCACGUUAUUUCUGUGAUGGAAAGUUGUUUUAAGCUGUAUUUUUAAAUAUAUAUAUAUAUUGUGUUUUAAUUGUUGCAGGCUGCCUUGGGACCUUAGGAUGAUGGGCAGGUUAAUUAAUUAAUUAAAUCAUAUAGGAAGCUGCCUUGGACUACAUCAGCUCUAGCUCGGUCCAUUGGUGAAAUGCAGAAGAUGAGUGAAGGGCUGGUGGGGGCAUUGCAGAAAGUGUGUGUAUUUGGGGGGGGGAUCCUCACACUGUCACCAGGAUUCCCUCCAAAUUUAGGGCCCCUCCAAAUGACUUAUUUAUAGAGUGUCCUUUCUGAUUUCCUUGCCCCAAACUUAUGUGGAGAACACAUUCUGCCUACUCUUUAUUUAACCAUUAGAAUCAUUUCAUUGUAGAGUUGGAAGGGACCCAAAGGGUCCUCAAUUCCAGCUCCCUGCAAUGCAGGAAUUGCAGCUGAAUUCUGAUUAAUUCUGAUUUGUUUGUGGGGCGGUGAUUCGACAGUGAGCCUCCCUCCUGAUCUGCCUGGCAGCCAUCAUCUGUUAAUCAUUUGUUCAUCCCACAUCAUGAUUCUCUAUUGAUUUCCUAAUUGCAAGAAGUCAAUUUAAACAACAGCAAAAAUGUCAGCUGCAGCAGAGUGCUUUCAUACCUGGUAAUUGUGUGAACCUGUAUUUGUGCUUUGAUCUGCCUCACAAAAUACUGACCGUCUGGAGGGAAACCCUCAUUGCAAGGGAGCGUGGCUGCAAUGUCUUCUCUUGACCAAUCUAAUGUUACCUAUCAAUGGUGGCACAACACACCUUAGCCAAAGUAGGGUAAGGUUGCCGAGUGAUUAUGAAACCAGCUGUGAAAUGCAUGCGUUUUUGGCUUUGUGCAUACAAUAAAACCAAUUUAGUUUGACAGCUGCUGCUAGUUGAAUCAAUGAGCGGGGAGCAGAACAUAGCAGCCUUCAUGGUUUGCUAUAGCUGGCCGUUUGCCCUUUUUCUAAGAAAGGCUGGGAUUUGAGAGCAGCUUCAACCAUUCAUAGAAUAAGCGCAUCACACCAUUCUCCUGGAGCCCACCUCUGACUCCCUUCAGAAGGAUUCGGGACUUCCAAAGAGAACUAAACUUCCCCGAGACUAGAGGACUUCCCCGAGGUCUAGAGACAUCCUUUAUCUUAAAACAAGAUUAAAGUCAAUUUUCUAAGCUGAAUUCUACAGUGGGGCUCCAAACCCCGCAGGUAGUUUGAGCAGUACAACACACAGAAUCCGGAGGCUUGGAGCCUGCUGCCAUUCUUGCACACUUAACCCUGCCAUCCUAAGUCCCUGCGGGUCCUUUGAGAUUCAUAUCUGCUGCUUGAGGCUCAGGUAGCCGUGGUGGUGAGGAAUGCCUUCCAUCAGCUUCGACUGGUGGCCCAGCUGUGCCCCUAUCUGGACAGGGACAGACUAACUUCUGUGCUCUGGUAUCCUCUAGGUUAGAAUGCUGCACCUCAUUAUACAUACGGCUGCCUCUGAAAAUGGCUUGGAGACUUUGGCUGGUGCAGAAUUCAACGGCUAGGUUGCUCAAGAGGGUUUGAGCAUACAGUGCCAAACCUGGCCUGACUGCAUUGGCUGCCAACCAGUUUCCAGGCCCAAUUCAAAGCACUGCUUUUGACCUAUAAAGCCUUAAACAACUCAGGACCACAAUACCUCAAGGACCGCCUCUCCCCAUAAGAAGCAAUCCUGACGCUGCUAUCACCAUCUGAGGCCCUUCAUGGGCCACCUCUGCGAGAGGUCGGGGGGGGGGCUCCCCACUUGUGGGAUGCUCUCCCCAGGGAGGGUCACCUGGUGCCUUCAUUACAGAUCUUCAGGUGCCCAGUGAAAACAUUGCUCUUCUCCCAGGCCUUUGACUAAUUAAACAACCUAUGAAACUGCGUUGGGGUGCAUUUUUGAGUUUUUCUAUUGUAAACUGCCC